UUAAUCGCCUGAAAUUCAAAGUUCAUUGUAAGUAUUGAAAACCUAUUAUACAUUAUUGGGACUGCAAUCAUGUUUUUGCAACAGGGUGGAAAUGAUGACCUAAUCUUAUUUGUAUGACAAAGUAGUCUGCAAUCUUUAAAUGUCUAAAUCUUGCUAGUAGUGCUGAUUGAAAAGGUGAUUAUUUCAAUUUGGUGUAUGAAAGUGAUUUAUUGAAUACAAAUCAAGUCGAAUCAAGGUUAAUAAAACAAAUCAAAGAUCGAGCAAGAAAGAUGAAAGAUUACAUAUUGAACAAAAACAAACCUUGAAUUGAAUAUGGAGUUAUGUUUAUAAAUGAAAGUUUUAACUAUUUUAACUAGUACAAUUAUUAAGUGUUACUAGUAUUUAAUAGCUUUGAAGCGUCAAGCUUUGGUCAUAUUUUGGAAGUAGGCUUUCAGCUGGACUGUUGUCUUAUUGAUAAAAUAUUUUUGCCUAGGAAGCUCAGGUAAUGAAGAAGGUACUUCAGACAAGAAAUUGCCAUUGUCAUCAAAUCAAUCAUUUAAACUCUUUUAUCCCUAAACACAUCAUAAUAAAAAUGAUUAUUAAGCAUUAAUAAUACUUAACAGUAAUCACUAAUUCAGCUAAAUUGCUGAUCUUAAAAGAUGAUGGUGAUAAUAAGAAAAUACUGCGUUGGCCUGUUAGGUUUCAGUGAAUUGUUCAAUUAACAAGAUAAGAUUGAAUAUGGUAAAUUGAAAGCACAAAUUCAGUUUCAAUCGAUGUAAGGAAUCAUUUACACUUUUCUUCGUGCACAAGUUUUGUAAAAAUGAAAAUUUUUCUUAGUUUACUGGCAAUUUUUUUUAUCACAGAUUAUGCUAAUAACUUUGGACAAAAACCUUUCGUUUCAGAACGAAAGGCAGCACUUUUGCGACCUGUUUUAAUAGUUCCGGGUUUGGCUAGCAACCGACUUCUACAAUCAAGGUCUUCUUGUUUCUAUGGUCCAAGAGUUUGGUACGCCUAUUCUCCUACAAGCCGUUGGAAUGAUUGUUGGAUAUCUACAAUUAAACUAAUUUAUGACAAUGGGACUGAUACUAUAGACGACGGGGAUGGAAAAAUAGAAUUAGAUCAGUUUGGGUGGACUAAUUCCAUGGAAAAUUUGAUGAGCGAUUUGCCAGACCAAUUUCCAAGGGCAAAUGUAUUUAGAAAAAUGGUCAAUCAUCUCAAAACAAAGGGCUUUGUGAAAGGCAAAACACUAUUUGGGAUCCCUCAAGACUGGCGGAAGUCAGUGAUUCCGGGUUUGGCUAGCAACCGACUUCUUCAAUCAAGGUAUUCUUGUUUCGAUGGUCCAAGAGUUUGGUAAUCGUUUCAUUCUUCAAUCACUUGGAAAAAUUGUUGGACAAUUGUUUCUUUUUAGUAACGACCAUAUUUACCUGAUCAAGCAGAUGGGUAAAUCAAAAAUCAGACCUAAAGCUAGCCCAAGUAAAAGUGAAACAACAAGCGUAGAAACUUUCAGUUGAUGAAAGCACAUUCUAUACUAAUUAUCACUAAUUAACGUGUAAUAUAUAAAAGAGGAACUAUUUCGUGAAAAAUUUAAACUAUGACCAAAUGGAUGUUAAUCAUGUUAAAACUCACAUAAGAAUUAAAAGCUUUUAUUCCAAUG